AUGAAGAGACAAAACGUGAGGACCCUGUCGCUCAUCAUUUGCACGUUCACCUACCUGUUAGUUGGUGCUGCUGUCUUCGAUGCCUUGGAAUCUAAGAAGGAGAAAACCCAGAAGAAGAAAGUGUACGACCGAAAACAAGAGCUUAUGAACACCUACAAUCUCUCUCAAUUCAACUUCGAUGAGCUGGAGAGGGUGGUGUUGCAGCUGAAGCCUCACAAAGCCGGGGUACAGUGGAAAUUCGCUGGAUCUUUUUACUUUGCAAUCACGGUGAUCACGACCAUAGGGUACGGCCAUGCGGCCCCCAGCACGGAUGGAGGCAAGGUGUUCUGCAUGCUCUACGCCCUGCUGGGCAUCCCUCUCACCCUGGUCAUGUUCCAGAGCCUGGGUGAGCGCAUCAACACCCUGGUGCGCUACCUGCUGCACCGCCUGAAGAAGUGCCUUGGCAUGCGGCGCACCGAGGUCUCCAUGGUCAACAUGGUGGCCAUUGGCUUCAUCUCCUGCAUGAGCACGCUGUGCAUUGGAGCACUCUCCUUCUCCUACUUCGAGGGAUGGAGCUUCUUCCACGCCUACUACUACUGCUUCAUCACGCUCACCACCAUCGGCUUCGGGGAUUAUGUGGCACUGCAGAAGGAUCACGCUCUACAGACCAACCCCAAGUACGUGGCCUUCUGCUUCAUCUACAUUCUCACUGGCCUGACCGUGAUCGGAGCCUUCCUCAAUCUUGUCGUGCUGCGCUUCAUGACCAUGAACGCGGAGGACGAGAAGCGGGACGCCGAGCAGCGUGCCCUCCUCUCCCGAAACGGCCAGGCAGGAGGGCACAACCACAUGCGCUGCGCCCCCGACUUGCCCUCCUCCUCCUCAGCUGCCUCAGGGUGUGGUGGAGGAUCAGGGAACAGUGGUGUGGGGGGAGCAGGGCGGGGGCUGCGAAACGUGUACGCGGAGGUGCUCCACUUCCAGUCCAUGUGCUCCUGCCUGUGGUACAAGAGCAGGGAGAAGCUGCAGUACUCUAUCCCCAUGAUCAUCCCCCGGGACCUGUCCACCUCGGACACAUACAUGGAGCAGGGGGAGGCCUUUUCCUCCGACCCACUCCACUCGCUUCACUCCAACGGCUGCGUCUGCAGCAUGCACCAUCCCCACUCUGCCAUCAGCUCUGUGUCUACGGGCCUGCACAGUCUCACCCCAUACAGACUAGGACACAGCAAGCGGCGAAGCUCCUUAUAG